AUGGACUCCACGACGUCAACACACGCGCAGCCUCUGGCCGACCGUCCUACCAACACGCAUCUUGCAUCCUCGGGGGACAAAUUCGACACCAAGUCUGAUCUGUCAUCGAUGGAUCAUCACCGUCAGGCCCUGCAAGCCAAGUUGGACAGCGGCGAGAAACAAUCUAACGCGUAUGUUUCUCCAUCCGACGAUAUCAUGAGCCCCUGCACAAAGAAGUUGAGCGACAUCAAGAGCAAGCGCUUCAAGAACGCUGGCAAACCUCAGUCGCUCUUUGCCAAGCUCGGCAAGAAGAGCUACGAGCAAUCAUCAUCGGCUGGGCAGACCCAGGCCACUGAUUAG